GGAGAUCUCUGUAAGAUUUCCAACUCUUUUUUAAAAAUAUGCUUGGAUGCACAUACUUUGAAAUCUAUUGGUCCUGUGGUGCUGGUUCUCAGUUCUAUAUCCUUGUAAAGAUUGGAUCAGGCGAUAUUGGUGACCGAUCAACAAGUGAUCUCGUUGUCAGGCUACGCACAGAAAGUGGUAGAGAUGAGUGGCUUUACUGUCACUCCUCAGUUCUAACAGACAAAUGCAAGUAUUUUUCUGAGCGGCUUUCAGAGACCUGGCCCACUUUGCAGAUCAUCGACUCUCGCAACUGCGUCGACGUCUUCUGCCAAGACUCAGACAUUGAUCACCAUGUCAACCUUCUCCGCCUCCUAUAUGUACUUACAGACGACCCCUUAGAGUGCAUACCACACGGAGUAACCAAUGUGCUCGGGAUUCUAAAGGUGGCAGUUAACCUCAGCUGCUCACAACUCAUUCCUGCUUGUGUGCAGUACAUAGAAGCAGUCCCAUGGGAGGAAGCUGAGGAGGACGAGAUCUUAAAGAUCAUCCCGAAAAUCGGUUCACUAGCAGAACCUAUUCUUGGUCGACUCAAACCGGUUGAUAAAUCAAUUGUUGAGAAGAUUUUUGUAUCUGCUGUUCAAUUCGCCACCUCGUCACCUCAUCUGGACUCAAAUCAUAUCAAGGCUUCUGCACAGGAUCAGAUCGAGUAUUUGCUGACAGAGGAAGAUGAUGAUGAGCCUCUUUUGACUCCUGGUGAUGAUAUUUUGUCCUUGUUAAGAGAUUCCAUGAAAAGGUUGUUUUACAAAUUUGAUGACAGAUUGAAUUCGUUGCUUCAGAUGCCCUUGCAGUCAAUUUCUGAGGGGAAUGAGAUGAAAUUGUUUGAGUCACAUCUUUCUGAUUUAAGUUGGGCUUUCUUGAUCUUAAACAAGCUGGAUAUGAUGCCAGAAUUUAUCAGCCAUUGGGUGGAUGGGUCAGAGAAAGUCCUGCAGAUCUUUGAGCGGUUGAUGAGUUCGGAAGAUGGGGUUACUACAGAAGCAAGCUUGAAGGCGAUUGAGGCGUCUGCAAAAGUUCUGGAAGCAAUUUCGUAUGGCACUGUCAUUCUGCCUACUCAGAGAAGGCUUCAGAAUGUGAAGCUAUGGCUUCCAUUUGUCAGGAAAAUGAGACCCGUGAUUGAUAAGGCGAGCAGCAGCGAGAAUCAGAAGGUGAAAUUGGAUGGGGAUUUGUGGCAGUCGUUGGAAGCUUCUUUUGUCUCAAUCAUUCUAGGCCUGCCAUCAGGGGAUCAAGCGGGGAUCAUCAAGGAGUGGCUAUCGGAUGCAAACGUUCGGUAUCCAGAUUUGAGGGAGGUAUUUGAGAUGUGGUGUCACAGGGCUAGGAUGGCUAAGAAGAGGUUUGGAAAUAUUGCAGGGAAUCCCAGUGAUGGAGUGAUUACUAACAUAGUUGCUGGUGGGGGAACUAAUGACAAUAUGGAUGAUUCACUUGCCUGAUGAAGUCUCUUUCUUGAUUUUGGAUCUUCAUCUACGCAAUAUUCUAAUUACACUAGUUGCACAUAUCAGAAAUCGAUUUCUGAAGUCAGGAACUUCAUGUAAAUCUUUUGUACGAUGGCAGGUCUCUGUAUCUCUUGAACUGCAUAUAAUACAUCCACAAGUUUACUGUCAAAUCCAAGGUGUUUUGGUUUGGUUAUAUCAUUCUUCUGUAGAUUUCUCUGCUUACUUAUGACCCAAGGGUAAUCCUCUCGUU